AUAAAAAUAGAAAGCGGUGGUGCAUAGCGUAUAGAGUACUAGGCACUGCCUCGCACAUGAAAAAAACAUGAGCAAACCCAAAACCCAGCAGUAGCAUCGCUCUGAUUACCAAACCCGCGCAUCACCACCACUGUCUCCAACGGCGAAGAAAGCAAUACCGACAAGAUCAUCGAGAUCUUGAAUCGGCGGCGAUCCAUGUCGAAAGCGCGAGUCUAUACCGAUGUGAAUGUUCUGCGUCCUAAGGAGUAUUGGGAUUACGAGUCUCUCGCUGUUCAGUGGGGUGAUCAAGAUGAUUAUGAGGUUGUUCGGAAAGUUGGAAGGGGAAAGUACAGUGAGGUUUUUGAGGGCAUAAAUGUCAAUAGCAAUGAGCGGUGCAUUAUCAAGAUCCUCAAACCUGUUAAGAAAAAGAAGAUUAAAAGGGAAAUAAAAAUACUUCAGAACCUUUGCGGUGGCCCGAAUGUAGUAAAGCUUCUUGACAUUGUCAGAGAUCAGCACUCAAAAACUCCUAGCCUCAUAUUUGAAUAUGUGAACAGUACAGACUUCAAAGUUUUGUACCCCACCUUGACUGAUUAUGACAUACGCUACUACAUAUAUGAGCUUCUCAAGGCAUUAGAUUACUGCCACUCACAGGGAAUAAUGCAUAGAGAUGUCAAGCCUCACAAUGUUAUGAUAGACCAUGAGUUGCGAAAACUUCGCUUGAUAGACUGGGGUCUUGCUGAAUUUUAUCAUCCUGGAAAGGAGUAUAAUGUCCGGGUAGCUUCAAGAUAUUUUAAGGGGCCUGAACUUCUUGUUGAUUUACAAGACUAUGACUAUUCUUUAGACAUGUGGAGCCUUGGUUGCAUGUUUGCCGGAAUGAUAUUUAGGAAGGAGCCAUUCUUUUAUGGCCAUGACAACCAUGAUCAGCUUGUCAAAGUUGCCAAGGUACUAGGGACUGAUGAGCUAAAUGCAUAUCUGAACAAAUAUCAUUUAGAGCUCGAUCCUCAACUUGAUGCGCUCGUUGGGAGGCACAGUAGGAAGCCCUGGUCAAGAUUUAUUAAUUCAGAUAAUCAGCACCUUGUGUCUCCAGAGGCCCUUGAUUUUCUUGAUAAGCUUCUUCGGUAUGAUCAUCAAGAUAGGCUAACUGCUAGAGAAGCAAUGGCACACCCAUAUUUCUCUCAAGUGAGAGCUGCAGAAAGUAGCAGGAUGCGGACACAGUAACAGAUUACUACGCUAGUAUUCACAUAGAUUCUGUCAGUGGACUGGAGAUCCACCCAUAAAUUUCUCUCAAGUGAGGGCCACAGAAAAUAGCAGGAUGCUGACACAGUAGCAGGUUGCGAUGCUGAUGUUUGUGUGGAGCGUGUCAGGCCGUUGCAUUUGGGACAAUGUAUGGUGCUUAUAAUUAUUUGCCCUAUUAACAUUGUGGCUGCCCUCUGUUAUUUGCAGGCAGUUAAGAAUUGUUUGGGAGAAUAUAAUCGCAUCAUAUUCACUUUGUGUUU